UUUACUAGAAAAAUGUUAUUUUUUAUUAUAACUUUUUUUAUUUUUAAAGGUAUCUACCUCAAACUUCAAAUACUUAUUCCUUAUCAUCAAUUACAUUUAAUGUGACACUGUUCAUAACUCUUGAAGCAAUAUUUACACAUUUAUCUCUCUUUGAACUUAGGAUUUUCUUUAAGAAAUAUAAAAACUUCUUUACUUUUUAAGGUAUCUACUUCAAACUUCAAAUAUAUAUUUCUUAUCAUUACACAAAUGUUGUUUGAAAAGGUCCAUAACUCUAGCAUGACUAUUUCUAGAAUUAUUCCCCUUGAUCUUGGAAUUUAUGUUAACAAAUAUUAUUUUUUUACUAUAACUUAAUACAUAAUUAUACAUAAUUGAUUUUUCUUUCAUAGUUUUGUCCUCCUUACUGCGUCCAGUAUUUUAUUAGUCGAGCUUCGCUGUCUCCUGUGACAGCUCUUGUUUCACUAUAUGUCAUGUAUAUGUUGUCUGUGGGGGGCAUCCGUGUCCUUUGGACACAGUUCUAAUUUAUGUAACUGUUAAAUUAAAUAUGCCCACUUAUGCACAAUUUUAAACAAAUCCGACUAAAUGUCAACAGGAUUGCAUUUGUACUUUCGGUUUCUACAACCGUAAUACUAAGUAUAUAAAUGAUGUAGUAUUUACCUUUAUAUCUAUGAAUUUACUCAUUUUAGGUGGAUAUUGAUGUAUUAAAAAACAACUUGUCAACAACACCCAGCAUUAAAUUUCUACUUGUUUACAUGCAUACUCAUACUAUUGUGUCCGAAGACUGACGGAAAGGGCCGAAAAGUUGCGAUUGUAUCUAACGCUCUACCCGGAGUACUUCAUUCAAACAGAAUUAUCGAUAUGCUAUGCUUGAAAAGCUCUUUUACUUUUGUUCAAUCAAUAAGCCCGUUUUUGAAAUACAAUAUACCAGCACGUAUCCGAUAGUGUUGUUGCUGAUAGAAUUGAAAAAUAUAAAGAUCGAUAUGAGACUGAAUCUGAAAUUAUCAAUAAUUUACAGCUACACCAUGACAAUAGCGGAAAAGGAAAUAUGUUUGUUGGUGUAGUUAUAGGUUUUGUUUAUCUUUGUAACGAAAUAACGAGGUUUUCAGCGUAAAGUAUUGUAUCUUAUGCAGGAACAUACUACCUUUCUUAAAAGUAUAUAAAAGAUGUCGGCAAAGUCAACAAACAGGAAACUUCAAGUGAGCACUGGCUUGCUAAGUAAUGAUGAUGCAGAUUUUCAUUCACGGAGCUUGGGCCCGGUUGGUCAACGUGAAAGUCAUGUUGCGAUAGAAAUGCAAGAAAUCAAAUCACCGGACGAAGGGGCAUUCAACGACGAAAAUCAAAAUUUUGGUACUAGUACGUUCACAGAAACAAAGACUGAAAGGGAUAUAAAGGAAAUCACAUCAACUCGUGAGGACCCUGUACCACGAAAAGUUCACGUCAAUUCAAAUGGUAGAGAUUCGUGCGAUCAUCAAAAUAUAGUGAAUCAAUCACGUGAAAAAGAAAACAGUUUCCAGUCGGAAGCUCUCUCUUCGAGUCCUAGCGUUACACUUCCAGGCUCGGCCGGUUCCGGAAAAAUCACAGAAUUAGAUAUACCGACGUCAAGGGUCAAUUCAAGUAGAUCCGGUGGUAAAUCAGGAAAUGAAGCGUUUGAUGAUUCUGAUUAUUACUGUGUGGAUCACAUGAAACUUUGUUCUAGUCAGGAAGCAGCAGACGAACACGCCGAGUGUGAAUUUCUUGUUCCAGCGUUCGAGUGGGCCGAAGCUCAAACUAUGGAACGUGACCGCCGCAAUAUUGAAGAAAAGUUGAAAAAAUUUGAAACUUUCGCAGGUACACUUCUAGAGGAUCGUAACGUUCUUAAGAAACAACUGAUAGAAAGCAAGGAAGAUGUUGCAGAUGAGUUUCUAGACAUUGUUGAAGAUUUAAUUGCACACUUACUAGCUAAGCAGAAAGAAUUCAUGGCGAGACUUGACGAACUACAUACUAACCACAUGAAAACAAUUGACGGACAAAUCAAGAGGUGUAUGAAAGUACAGAAAGAGACAAGCUUUUCAAUGGAACAGCUAAAUACAUGUACCCACGGCACUGAAGACUUUAAGAAAAUCAAGAGAAACAUAAUCGAAAAAUGUCCUGUAUAUGAAGAAAUUCUACGACGCGACUUUAACAACGCUACUCGGCUCGAUUAUGAGUUCAGACCCGACCCUUGGGUGGACAAGUUCUUUAAGAGUAUGAACAGUCUUGGUGAUGUCAUAACUCGUCCUAGUGGAUCAAAAUUACCAGGAUUUCUGUCGCAGGCCACAGAGACUGAUUUUUCCAGGAAAGAGUUGCAGAUUAUCAGUAGAAACGACGGUGUAAGCGGUGCGGAUACAAACCCAUGUUGCUUUAGUGGAUGUACGUUUGUCUAUGGUGGCAAAAUGAUUUUAACGGACUGGAAUAACGCAUGCUUAAAAAUGUUCAACAAACGAGGUGUUUUAUGCAAUAGGCUUAACUUACCGAACAAUCCAUGGGACGUUAAGAUGAUCGACGACGAUCGGGUUGUUGUCACGGUCCCUGGAGAUCAGAAAAUACUUAUCGUUUGCUACAGCGGAACAGAAAUGGAAAUCAUCUAUUCGUUUGAAACCGACUGCGAAUGCUGGGCCGUGGCUGUUGUUGGAGAUAGGUUUGCAACAACCUGUGAUCCUUGGAGCAAAACACCUAGUAUCAGAAUGUUUACAAUGGAAGGAAAGUACGUGCGAAUCUACCAGAAAGAUAACAGCGGUCGGCAGCUGUUUGCGUAUCCAGAGCACAUUGCAACAGAUAGUUAUCAAAAUGUUAUGUACAUUUCCGAUUCCCGAUUGCACAGUGUCACAGCUCUCACCGUCGAAGGCUGCCUUAUGUUCAGAUACAAGCACAUGGAUCUGAGCUAUCCAUCUGGUGUGGCAACCGACAACCAGGGUAACCUGUACGUAUGUGGUAAGGAGUCCAGAAACGUUCAUCAAGUCUCUAAAACCGGACAGAUUAUCCGAAUCUUAAUGGAUUCAACUGAAUUAGAAGCUCCACGUGCAAUAUCUUUCCAACAAGAUGGAGAAAACAUGAUCGUCACUGAUGUUGGAAAUACUAAUUGCGAUGAAUUUAUUACGGCUUCGUUGGAAUAACCGCCACGUGUAUCCACUGUUUAACUACCAAUCAACUAGAUGCCAGAGUCCUUGGUGUUAAAUUUUUUUCACUUUUACAUUCAUACUGGUUCUUUUAUACCAAAACAGACAUGACGCAUGUGCAUACAAAUAUAAUAUUUUUACAGCUAUUUUUUUACUUUAAUAUAUGCAAAACAAAGACAUCGUAUAAUUAAGGGAAUCAGAAAUAUCAACUUAAAUCAACGUUGUAUCUUAAAUGCUAGAAAAUUAUCAACACUAACAUUUACCACGGAAUUUUUAUUUAGAUGUGGAUUUAUGUCGAUUGAAAAACCGAGAUCAAAGCUAAUUCAAUUAUCAUAUGAACAAAAGGUAAUUUGCAUACUAUCUAUAUCAGAGUUUCGCGUGUUUGUGAAGUAUGUUUCUUAUAAGAUAUAUCUUGUUUUAGUCAUAACAAAUUUGCUCACACAAGUGUUUCUAACGUGUUUAUUCAUUUUACAUUAAAAGGUCGUUCAAAAGUUA